UGAAGUCUCCAGACCUUCUACAGUGACCUUGGACUGCCUUAAGUUGAUGCUUGCGUUGAAGGUGAUUCCCUAUCUCACCCAGAAUGAAUAAUAGAGGAAUCCCUAUGUUACCUCGUAGAUGGUUGAAAUGUCCGCGUAUGGGAGACAUGAUAUUAGAUAUAUUCAUUCCAUUCAAAACACCGUUAGACAAUAAGUUUGAUCAUUUCAUCGAUCCGGAUGAUGUAUUUCACGUAGAUGAUGCAUUCAAAACAGCGGAACCGGUAAAGCUCUCUGAUUAAACAAAUGUUUAUUUUUUCAGUACAAACUUGGUCUAAUUAUCGACUUAACAAAAUCCCAUAGGUUUUAUAAUCGACGCGAAGUAACGGAACAGGACUGUAAAUAUUUGAAAAUAGAAUGUAAAGGAAAUGAGGAACGACCAACAUCAGAACAAGUGAAUCUUUUUAUACAAAUUGUUAAUCAAUUUCUCGACAAUAAUACUGGAAAUCAGAAAAUAGGAGUUCAUUGCACUCACGGAUUCAACAGAACGGGAUUUAUGAUUAUUGCUUAUCUCGUUGAAGAGUUGAACUAUGGCGUAGAUAUAGCGGUUCAAAUAUUUUCAGAUGCUAGACCUCCUGGAAUUUACAAAGCAGAUUAUUUAGAAGAUCUCUUCACACGUUAUGGGUGUAUCGAGGAUUGCCCACAAGCCCCUUCACUUCCUGAUUGGUGUACAGAGGACGAAGAAUACAGUUCACAUACGCCAGCUAAGAGAAAAAACGAAGAAUUGUGUACAAACGUGGAUAAUCAAGAGACAGUUUCUUCAAAAAUAUCACGCCUCAGCGAUCAUAUUGAAGAAAAUGCGCCUUUUAGUGUUCCUACAAGCAAAAGCUUUCCUCCACCGCCUCCAGGAAAUCCGGAUUUUAUGGAAGGGGUUUCUAAGGUUGAUGUUUUGGCUCAGGACAGUCCAGAAGCACAUGAGGCACGCGAUUUAUCGGACAAACUGUGCAAAAUGGGUGGUUUUUUAUUUAUAGAGGGUCACUUGUUUCCUGCAACCGAUUCAACAUCUGAAAAUGAACAGGAACCUGAAAAUUUAGAAGCAAAUCGCAGCGAAAAGACUUCAAAACCAUCUAAAAGGCCUUUACGUUUCAGAGGUAGUCAACCAGUCUCCAUAACACAACGAAAUAUAGCAGCUCUGGUCAACUCUGAUUAUUGUGUAACGUACAAGGCUGAUGGCACUCGUUAUCUUAUGCUCAUAAUGGGUCCUGGUCGUGUCUAUCUAAUAGAUCGGGGAAAUUUUGUCUAUAAGCCAAAUGUUUUGCAUUUUCCGACAGUAUCGUGGAUUCGCGAAAAUGAAAAACGUGGUCCAAAUUCUGGUCGUCCAGACUUCUUAAAUGAUCCUAAUGGUCACUUGUUCAAUACGCUUUUGGACGGUGAACUUGUACUUUGUCACGACCAUUCUAAACCGCCUAACAUUUCCACAUCAGAAAUAUCUGGAACACCUAGAUUCUUAAUCUAUGAUAUAAUUACUUUAAACAAUAAGCCUGUUGGCCGGUCUGCAUUUUUUGAACGUUAUUCGACAAUUGACAAGCAAGUUAUAUGGCCCAGAAAUACCGGUGGUCACUUGGGACUAGUUGACUUUAGUACGCAAUCUUUUUCAGUCAGGCGAAAAGCAUUUCGCGCUCUGCAAGAUACUGAAGAGCUACUUAAGCCUGCGUUCUUGCAAAGCUUGGACCACUCAACAGAUGGCCUUAUAUUUCAGCCUUGUGGUCCUGAAGAUUUUUAUGUUCUUGGAACUUGCCCACAAACCUUAAAAUGGAAACCUCCAAGUAUGAACACAAUUGACUUCAAAUGUAAAGUAGAAUAUCAACGAAAAGUUGGUGAAAUUCCUGGUUAUAUCGGACAUCUUUUUCUUGGUGGUCUUACGGUGCCGUCUGCCAAGCUCGCACAUGUCAGUUCACGUGAUAAAGUUUUAGACGGAAAAGUCGUAGAAUGUGUAUGCGUUCCUGGUGUCGGUUGGAAAGUUCUACGUGUGCGCACUGACAAGACAGAGCCGAACUAUCACAAAUCAGGAGUCGCCAUUAUCGAAAGUAUCAUGUAUCCUGUAACAGCUGAGCAGCUGGUUAUGUGUGUUCGACAACGCCAGAACAAGACAAAUCCACAACAACAAGCCUCUUCUUCUCGAGAACCUACUGCAUCACAUCACAAAUAAUGAUCUCAUGAUCUAAAAAUUAUAACCACCUAACUUGUUUGUAAAAAUUGCAUGAUUAUCAGUUGGUUUAAUACAGUAUUUUUCUGAAUUUAAUAUGAAUAUCGUUCAUGUAAAUAUGAGGAUUUUGUAAAAAAAAAUAGUUUGUGUACAAUAACUGUCGUUUAUAUCUUGUCAUAUUUUCUGUCAGGUACAUUUUAAAAACUUUAUAAUCUGUUUAAUAUAAUGGAACAGAAAAGUGGU